AUGUUCUCAAGAAAAUCUUUAUCUAUUUUUUCUACAUUACGUAACUAUUCUAGUAGUACAAGUAAAAUUCAAAAAGUUACAUUAAUUCCAGGUGAUGGUAUUGGUCCAGAGAUUUCAGAAUCAGUUAAAAGAGUAUUUUCAGCAGUCAAAGCACCAAUUGAAUGGGAAACUGUUGUAGUUGAUGCCAAUACAGGUAUUUCAAAAGAAGUUAUUGAAUCAAUUUCAAAAAAUAAGAUUGGUUUAAAAGGUCCAAUCUCAACACCAAUUGGUACAGGACAUCAAUCAUUGAAUUUAGGUCUUCGUAAGACUUUUAAUUUAUAUGCCAACAUUAGACCAUGUCUUUCAAUUCCAGGUCAUAAAACACGUUACAACAAUGUAAACACCGUUGUUGUCAGAGAAAAUACAGAGGGUGAAUACUCUGGUAUUGAGAAUCAACCAGUUAAGGGUGUUGCUCAAUCAAUUAAAAUCAUCACAAAAGAAGCCUCCACCAGAAUCGCACACUAUGCUUUCCAAUACGCCUUGGCCAAUGGUAGAAAGAAGGUCACCUGUAUUCACAAAGCAAACAUUAUGAAACAAUCCGAUGGUCUCUUUGUUAAAUCAUGCAGAGAAGUUUCAACUCGUUAUCCAUCCAUUAAAUAUGAAGAAUUAACCAUCGAUAACAAUUGUAUGCAAUUGGUUUUAGAUCCAAAUCAAAUGGACGUUAUGGUACUCCCAAAUCUCUAUGGUGAUAUCGUUAGUGAUUUAUGUGCUGGUUUAAUUGGUGGUUUAGGUCUUACCCCAUCUGGUAACAUUGGUGAAAAUGGUUCUGCUAUCUUUGAAGCCGUCCAUGGUACUGCCCCUGAUAUUGCUGGUAAAAACAAGGCAAAUCCAACCGCUCUCAUCUUAUCAUCAAUUAUGAUGUUACGUCAUCUCGGUCACUUCCAUGAAGCCUCAAUCAUUGAAAAUGCUGUUUUAAAUACUCUUACUGAAGGUAAAGUUAAAACUGGAGAUUUAGGUGGUAAUUCAUCUUGUUCUGAAUAUACUGAUGAACUUGUUAAAAAAAUUACUGAAUCUUUAAAUAAAUAA